AUGGUCUCCAGUGUCACAUCACUGGCUGUUCUCACCCCCAGCCAAGUCGGCAAUGUUCCUGUAACAGUCGAAUCUGGUGCCACCGGAUACGUUCUAGUGAGCUAUAGAGCUCCUGACUUGGCCAAAGUUGCAAGUGACGGUGGCAAGCUUUUGGCUCCUGUAGCGACGCUUGGACGAUAUAGCGCGGUAUACAAGUUAAAUGGUGGAACAAAGUAUGUAGUCUCGGGUAUCAACGCCAACGAUUACUCAGCGUCCGCGGUGAUUCUCAACGGGCUUACUCCCUCGUUUGCGAUUGUUAAUGAAAGGACCGAUGAUCAAUGGACGGCAUUUGCGACGCCAAAUACAGCGGUUGGUCCUUCCAUUGCUUUCACACUGCCAUCGAAAUGGAAGAUUUCAAAUAGUACUGCAAGCUACCGUGUCUCAGUCCGUCCAACUUGUACCUACGGUUAUAGUGCGUUCAGCGUUUUCCCGCCAAUGAGUCCCGGCACGAAUUUCGUUACGGUUUCUAUGACCGAUGGAACGACAACAGUCAAUCGAGUUAUACCUGUCGGAGUCACAUCGUCCAUGGUGUGUCAAAACGGUGGAAGCGCUGCCGCCACAAGUUGCUCCUGCCCGGCCGACUUCACUACACCGGACUGUUCACGUCCUCUUUGCCAGCAGGGUGUGUUGAACUCAUGGGGUGAUGCAUUGCAUUGUGGACUGGAGAUGUUGGAGGCCGUCUGUGCGGCUGGAAAUCGCCUGCGUAAUAGCUGA